AUGGAUCAUGGCGAAGAACCGCCCGAGGGGACCGUGCAGAACAUCUUGGAUCAGGAGACGCUCAAGUGGGUGUUCGUCGGCGGCAAGGGCGGCGUCGGCAAGACGACGUGCAGCUCGAUCCUGGCCAUCAUGCUCGCGAGCGUGCGACCUUCCGUGCUCAUCAUAUCCACCGACCCUGCCCACAACCUCAGCGAUGCCUUCCAGCAGAGGUUCACGAAGAGUCCUACUCUUGUCACCGGGUUUUCGAAUUUGUACGCCAUGGAAGUUGACCCUAAUGUGGAAAAUGACGAGAGUGGUGGUUCGGAUACUGAUGGGUUUAUGUCGGAUUUAACGAAUUCUAUCCCAGGAAUUGAUGAGGCUAUGAGUUUUGCAGAAAUGCUCAAGCUAGUGCAGACUAUGGAUUAUUCUGUUAUAGUGUUUGAUACCGCUCCAACUGGUCACACACUUCGCCUAUUACAAUUUCCUUCGACAUUAGAAAAAGGGCUUGCUAAGAUGAUGACCUUGAAGAACAAGUUUGGCGGCUUGUUUAGUCAGAUGACUCGCCUUUUUGGGGUUGGUGAUGAUUUUGGUGAAGAUGACAUCCUGGGAAGGCUUGAAGGCAUGAAAGACGUGAUUGAACAAGUGAACAAUCAGUUUAAGGAUCCUGAUAUGACGACUUUCGUCUGUGUUUGCAUUCCUGAGUUCCUGUCCUUGUAUGAAACUGAACGGCUUGUUCAGGAGCUCACUAGAUUUGAGAUUGAUACACAUAAUAUCAUAAUUAAUCAAGUAAUUUUCGAUGAAGAAGUUGUUGAGUCGAAGUUACUCAAAGCUCGAAUGCAAAUGCAACAAAAGUACCUGGACCAGUUUUACGUACUAUACGAUGAUUUUCACAUUUCUAAGUUGCCAUUGCUCCCCCAGGAGGUUUGUGGGAUAGAGGCAUUGAAAGCAUUUUCGCACAACUUUUUAUCUCCCUAUCAACCAUCCAUUGAUCGAGGGACGGUAGAAGAAUUGGAGCAGAGAGUAUCAACGCUAAGAGAGCAACUGACAGAGGCUGAGUCAGAACUCGAAAGAUUGAAAAAAGGGAAACAGAAGGUGUGA